CGACAUGGCGGCUGCGGGAGCCGCGUCGCCGGGCCGGCUGGUCCAGUACGUGGUCGUCCGCUCGGACCUGGUCCACAAGCUGUCGUGGCCGCUCGGAGCCGUCAUCACGCAGGCCUGCCACGCGGCCACGGCCGCCAUCCACCUGCACUACGGGGACGCCGACACGCAGCGGUACCUGGAGCAGCUGGACUCCAUGCACAAAGUGGUGCUGGCGGCCCCGGACGAGGCCGCCCUCUCUGGCCUAUCGGAUAGCCUGACGGAGGCCGGCGUGUCCCACAAGCUGUGGGUGGAGCAGCCGGAGAACAUCCCCACCUGCCUGGCUCUCAAGCCGUACCCCAAAGAGGCCGUGCAGCCACUGCUGCGCAAGUUCAAGCUCUUCAAAUGAGGCCGGCUCCGGGCAUCCUCUGUCUGAGACUAUGGUGGGGGGGGGACUGAGAUGUGAGAAGAAACACACAGAAACAUGUCUUCACCUCUGGAGGUCAACAGCAGACAUUCAUUACACUAUACAGCCUUUUUAGCUGCUUUAUAAUGCAAAUAAUGUAUUGAAGUAAAAUCCAUAGUUUCAGCAACAUGUCAUUAAAACAACCAGACCACAGUGAGUUAGCAUUAGCAUUAGCAUUAGCCUGGAUCCACAGUGGUUGGAACUAGCUUUAGCAUGUUUAGGUUUAAAGUGAAAACAAAGUUUUGAUUAGUGUUGUUUUGGUGCUCGGAUCCACUGAAAACAAUCUUUUGAAAAUGGCUCACAAGGUGGAACUUUUUGAAAAAGUGCCGUCAGCUGUCAAUGUCUCCAUGGAAACGCUAAAUAAAAUUACAAUAUUUAAAAAUGCUUUAUCUUCCUGGGAGCAAGGAAGAACGCUAAGUUUUGAAAAUGUAUCUAAAUGUGUGAAAAUGCUCAUUUUAAAACAAAAAAGCUCCUCUGGAAAGAGAGAAAUUGUUGAAAACGCUCCUCUGUGCAAACCAGGAACAAGGCUAUGCUGUGAAAAUGUGACUUUGGAGAAACGAGGGAAGCAGAUGCAAGUUUUUGAAAACACUCCAACUGAGUCUGAGUGAAGCUGUGAUGCGCUUGUCUCCAUGGUGACACAUCUCCAUGGCAACACUUGUCUCCAUGGCAGCACUUGUCUCCAUGGUUGCGCUUGUCUCCAUGGCGACGGAGCCGGAGUGUUUGCCAGAAGUUCCGUUUCCAGGGACCGCUGUCCUGUCGUGGAAACGGAUCUUUAGCGUUUUCACCUGAAAUGUUUUCUGCUGAUGUUUCAGCCACAACUCUGUGAGCAAAAGAAACUCUUUUCCAUUGAAUAAAGUGUUCUAUAGCUGCAAAAAAUAUUGAACUAUGUCAACUGUAUCCAGUCUGUAGGUUUCUGUGUUUACCAGGACUGUGGUUUAUGUUUCAUUUGGGACUAAAAUCCCCUCUGGCUCAGUCGGUCUGCUGCUCAGGUCUAUUUUUGGAUUAAAACAGCAGAAGCAGCUUCCCGCUGACCGACGGUGAUGAAGAAGAGGAUGACGAUGAAGAUGAUUUCCAUAGUAAAUACAGGCUGUAGAGGUAGAAGCAAAGCGAAGCAGACUGCUGGGCUCUGACUCAUCCUGAGACUACGAGUGGCUCUGGAGGCGUUCAGCGAUGGCGACACGCUUCGCUUCGAUGCCGAGAAUCACGCGAUGAGGAACCGACUCGGUGUCGGCCGUCCAGCUGCACCACUCCUUCCCUCCCUCUCUCCUCUCUCUCACAUCAGGAUGUCAUACAGAACGACUCCUGAAGACAUGGACCUGCUCAGGUUGCUCUCACACAGCGGUGCGUUGGUGCGGUGAAUCGCUCUCCGCUCCCCCGGAACAGGGGUUCGUUUCCCCGUCUCAUCAGGACUCUGAGCCUUCAUGACCAAAACUGAGUUUGUCUGCAUCUGAAAACAUGCUGGUUAUAUGCAAAUCCAAAGAAUAAAGUGAAC